AGAAAAAAACAGGAGAAAGAAAACCCUUCAGGCUUUCAAUUCGAGUGGGAGAGCUGAACCGAAAGAAAGAGAAAGAAAGGAAGAAAAAUCCUCUGCGGUAGAAAGAGAAAAGAAAACUUGGGCUGACAAGAGGGGGGUGUUGGGGGUGGAAGGAAGUGAGAAAACAAAAGAGAGAUAAAAGGGCUGCUUUUCUGUCUCUCUCUUCCUCUGCGAGCUGGCUUAGGAGGAGCUGUUUUGCAUCCCUUCACGUCAGCCCUGCCUCAUUCCCUUCUUCCAGGGAGGGAGAGAGCGCGAGCGAGAGAGCGAGCGAGAGGAGGGGGGAGAGAGAGAGAGAAAGAGAGGAGCCGGAGGGAGGGCGGCAGGAGCAGGCGGCGGGCGCGCGUGGAGGCGGGCGGCGGGCGCACAGCAGCAGCCCGGGCGGUGGGCAGCCAGGAGCCCCCGGCCCGGCCCGGCCCGGCCCGCCGAGGGCCCCAGCGCAGGAGCCGCGCCCGGACCCAGGCGGUGUACAGGCCUGGAACUUCCUCUUCUCCUCCUGCCUGGUUACCUGUCCCGCCCACUCCAGCUUCAGCCUCUCCAGUCCCAGGGCCCUGGACUCCGAGGGGCAAAAGGCCCAGAGCCACAUCCUGGAGGGCUUGAAUGCCAGACCCAGGGUCAGGAGCCCCCUCCCCGCUCUUGCUCUGUUGGGUCCUGAACUGCCUCCACGGAACCCAGUCCUCAGUCCUGUCCCCACCCCGCCUCCAUACUACAGCCCCCGCCUCCCAGAGAUCCUGGUGCUUCGUGUGGACUGAGCUUAACGCAAGUCAACUCCCCAAGGUGAUGCCCUCCUAGCUAGCCGUCACGGGAUGGAGGGCUUCAUGGACUCAGGGACACAGACGGACGCCGUGGUGGUACUGUCCUUGGCUCAGGCCGCCGUGCUUGGCCUGGUCUCCGAAAAUGAGCUCUUUGGAGCUACCAUAAGCGCCGAGGCCUUCUACCCAGACCUGGGGCCCGAGCUUUCAGGGACAGCCAUGGGAGAGCCUGGGCCACCAGGCCCUGACGUCUACCAGCUGGCCUGCAACGGGAGGGCCUUGGAGGAGCCGGCAGAGGAGGAGGUGCUGGAGGUGGAGGCAGCCUUUGAGAAGCACACCCGGCGGAAGACACGGCCACCUGUGCGGCUGGUGCCCAAGGUCAAGUUCGAGAAGGUGGAGGAGGAGGACCAGGAGGUCUAUGAGGUUUCCGUGCCGGGUGACGACAAGGACGCAGGGCCAGCAGAAGCCCCCGCCGAGGCGGCCAGUGGUGGCUGCGACGCCCUGGUGCAGAGCAGCGCCGUCAAGAUGAUCGACCUCAGCGCCUUCAGCCGCAAGCCCCGAACGCUCCGGCAUCUGCCCCGAACCCCGAGGCCAGAGCUGGACGUGGCCCCAUAUGACCCUCACUUCCCAGCCGCGGCCCGGGAUGGCUUCCCCGAGCCCAGCAUGGCGCUGCCUGGGCCAGAGGCCUUGCCCACAGAGUGUGGGUUCGAGCCACCCCACCUGGCCCCCCUGAGUGACCCUGAGGCCCCCAGCAUGGAGUCCCCAGAGCCUGUCAAGCCGGAACAGGGCUUCGUGUGGCAGGAGGCCAGCGAGUUCGAGGCUGACACGGCGGGUUCGACCGUGGAACGCCACAAGAAGGCCCAGCUGGAUCGGCUGGACAUCAACGUGCAGAUCGAUGACUCCUAUCUGGUGGAGGCGGGCGACCGCCAGAAGCGCUGGCAGUGCCGCAUGUGCGAGAAGUCCUACACGUCCAAGUACAACCUGGUGACUCACAUCCUGGGCCACAACGGCAUCAAGCCACACUCGUGCCCACACUGCAGCAAGCUCUUCAAGCAGCCCAGCCACCUGCAGACGCACCUGCUGACACACCAGGGCACCCGGCCCCACAAGUGCCAGGUAUGCCACAAGGCCUUCACGCAGACCAGCCACCUCAAGCGCCACAUGCUGCUGCACUCGGAGGUCAAGCCCUACAGCUGCCACUUCUGCGGCCGUGGCUUCGCCUACCCCAGCGAGCUCAAGGCCCACGAAGUGAAGCAUGAGAGUGGCCGCUGCCAUGUCUGCGUCGAGUGCGGCCUGGACUUCUCCACCCUGACCCAGCUCAAGCGCCACCUGGCCUCCCACCAGGGCCCCACCCUCUACCAGUGCCUCGAGUGUGACAAGUCCUUCCACUACCGCAGCCAGUUGCAGAACCACAUGCUCAAGCACCAGAACGUGCGACCCUUCGUGUGCACUGAAUGCGGCAUGGAGUUCAGCCAGAUCCACCACCUCAAGCAGCACUCCCUCACCCACAAGGGCGUGAAGGAGUUCAAGUGCGAGGUGUGUGGCCGGGAGUUCACCCUACAGGCGAACAUGAAGCGGCACAUGCUGAUCCACACCAGCGUCCGGCCCUACCAGUGCCACAUCUGCUUCAAGACCUUUGUGCAGAAGCAGACCCUCAAGACCCACAUGAUUGUACACUCACCCGUGAAGCCAUUCAAAUGCAAGGUGUGCGGGAAGUCCUUCAACCGCAUGUACAACCUGCUGGGCCACAUGCACCUGCAUGCGGGCAGCAAGCCCUUCAAGUGCCCCUACUGCUCCAGCAAGUUUAAUCUCAAGGGCAACCUGAGCCGGCACAUGAAGGUCAAGCAUGGCGUCAUGGACAUCGGCCUGGACAGCCAAGACCCCAUGAUGGAGCUGACAGGCACUGACCCUUCAGAGCUCGACGGCCAGCAGGAGAUGGAGGACUUUGAGGAGAAUGCCUACAGCUAUGCGAGCGUGGACAGCAGCGCCGAGGCCAGUGUCCUCACUGAACAGGCCAUGAAAGAGAUGGCCUACUACAACGUGCUAUAGCGCAAGCUGGGCCACCCCUAACGGGGGCCAGGGGGCCAGGGCAUGGGGGUGAGACCCAUGGGCUGCAGGCUGCACCUCCUGCAGCCGAGAAACAAGCUACUGCCCCACUGUUCUGAGCCCUCCCUCCCCGAGUCAUUUGCACCACUAGGGACCUUUAGACCAAAUGGAGACUGUACUACUGGCCCCGGCUGUGAGCCAGCACAGGCCCAGGCAUCCCAGCAAGGGAAGGAGAACACACGAGGCCCAGAUCUGGGUCUCCCUGGCCUGCUUCCGUGGGGAGUGGGAGAAGUGGGGCCACUGGGGACAGGUCACAAGGGCACUGGCCCUCGGGGUCUCUCCAGGCCCAGCAGAGCUCUUCAGGGGUCCUGACACUGGAAGAAGAGACCACUUGAGCCAUGUCUUUUUCGUGGCCAACUCCUGCCUCUAAGGAUGUCUGAGCUCCCCUCUGGCCAGUACUGCCCACCCCUACCUUGUCCAGGCCCCCUUCCCUGCCCUGUCGACGGACCGCCAGGCAGGGCACUCUGCCUUCUACCUCCCGGGGUCUCCCAUGCGCUCCUCAAGCCAGGUGUGCAUGUGGCCCUGGCCCUGGCCUGCAGGACAGCUGGGGGGCGCCCAGCCUGCAGAAGACCCCUGUCCUACAUCUCUUUCUGGAAGUGGGUGUCCCUAAAGUGGAUUGCAACACAUGUCAUCCACUUCGACCCUAGCUGGAGCGCCUCACCAGGGGGCCCCCACUAGGAACAAAGCCAGGACAGGCCCCGCGUCAGGCACACACUAACAAAACAAGAAGCAUGGGGCAGGGCAGGGCGGAGUGAGGGCAUCACGGGGGACCAAGAAGCGCUGUUCUUGGGGGAGGCCCAGGACCACCUGUCGGGGAGGGGGACCGCAGUCAUUUCUUAUUCCUCAGUGUCCACCUUGCGACGGGGAUAGCCACGAGUCAGCAGCUUCCCGGAAAGAGCAACGUAUUUUAAAAAGGAAAGUAAAGCCCACAGAGGGAAAUCAAGGGUUUUUUUGAGCAAAGGGGGUCUUCUGAAGGUAACUUAUUAUUUUUUUCUUUCCAACUGUGUGUCACCUAUGACCUUUUCUGAUGGAGAUGCAUUUUCUUUUUCCAAGCGUAAGCUUCCUCGUGUGCUGUGCGUGCUUCCUACCCACCCACCCCGAGCAGCCUGGCCAGGCAGGACUGGGGCUCCAUGGGGACUGUCACCCUGGCCCUGGAGGUGCAGCCGCUGGCAGCAGCCUCAGCAGGCUGGGGUGGGAGGCAGGAGAAGGCAGAGCUGGGAAGCCCUCCACCCCUGCCUGGCUCCUGCAAUCGCUGACUUGCUCCGUCCCAUGUCCCAUCUUCGGCUGUCAGGGCUGCUGACUCUGCUCAGCCAACAGCUAGCUCCCUCGCUCGCCUGCUCUCUUCCCCUCUGUUCCCACGCCAGCUCCUGCCCCUGGAACCAGAGACGACAGGCCCAGGGCAGUGAAAUAGCACAUUCAGGAACUCUAGGGCACCCGGACCCCCGCCCACUUGCCUCCUGAGGCCUCAGUGGGGAGGGGCAAGCAGGGGUCUUCCCCAAAGGCACAGAUGAAGCCACUAGCUUCAGCCUAGAAACCCGGAGAAGGGAACAGCCUGGGGUGGGAGGAACCAAUCUGCAGCGCAGCCACCCCCAAGGCUGGAUCCUUAAGUGAAGGACCAAGCCAGGCCUCAGGGUGACUGUGAUCAGGACUGGGGUGGACAAGGUGGCCCAAGUAUGGCUUCCAGACCCCGAAGCCCCACGACCUCCCAGGUGCCCGCCAUGAUGACCCUCAGGUGGCAGUGACCCCGUCACUGUAUAAGACAUUUUCUCCUGCUGAGCAGAAGGCAUCAUCCCCUGCAACUACCUCUUCCCACGUCUUUCUCCCCUGGUACCAAAAAGAACCCUGUACCUCCUCCUCCCUCCUGCCAGUGCAGUGGCCUUGGUCUUGGACACUGAAGGGAGAAGGUCUGGCCCCCAGGGUGGGGCUCUCCUUUCCCUCCCCCAGCCCCGCCGUCAGCACUGGCCCUCCGUGAGGUUCGAUACUUGAACGCCCCCUGCCCUGUGCCUUGGACCUGGGCAAAGCUAGGAGGAGGAAACAGCACAACUCACAGUUUGAGCUGGGGGGUGGUCUCGGCAAAGGCUCCUGUCUGUACCCCUCCCUAACCUUCUCAAAAGAGGUGCACAGCCUCUCGGGUGACUUGGAAACUCCUGGACAAAUUCCAUUCUAACUUAUUUUGACAUGUAUACAAACCAACUGUUUAGAGAUUCCACUUGUGCAAAGCCCUACUGUGUUUUUAUGUUCCUGUUUAAAAGAGAAGUUUACUUAGCAAUAAUUAUAAAUAAAUGAAUAUUCUUUAGUGA